GUUCGUCUUCGUCUUCAAGAAUACUCCAGAAACUCUUACAAACCCUAAUUCUCAAUCAAUUGUUUCAUCUGCUAAGGUGUCCAAUACGCACACCAAAUGAGUCGCUACGACAGCCGUUCCUCCGACCCUAGUUCCUACCGUGAUCGCAAAAGUGAUUCUGCAUUGGGUGGAGGUUCUGGUGGAGUUCGUUCAUCUUCAAGCAGGAAAGACCAUGAUGGUGUUGAACCACCUAAAAAGUUAGAUUUGGAUGGAUUAACGCCAUUUGAAAAGAAUUUCUAUGUCGAGUCGCCGGCCGUGGCGGCUAUGACUGAAAAGGAUGUCGAGGAUUACCGGAGGAGGAGAGAAAUUACUGUUGAUGGCCGUGACGUGCCUAACCCUGUUAAGACAUUCCGAGAUGUUGGAUUUCCUGACUAUGUUAUGCAAGAAAUUGAAAAGGCGGGCUUCACUGAACCAACUCCUAUUCAAUCUCAAGGAUGGCCAAUGGCCUUGAAGGGUCGAGAUCUCAUUGGUAUUGCAGAAACAGGCUCUGGGAAGACAAUUUCCUAUCUAUUGCCUUCCAUAGUACAUGUUAAUGCUCAACCGAUCUUAGCUUCUGGAGAUGGCCCUAUCGUGCUAGUUUUAGCUCCAACUCGUGAACUUGCUGUUCAGAUACAACAAGAAGCUACAAAAUUUGGUGCAUCAUCAAGAAUUAAGAAUACGUGCAUAUAUGGUGGGGUCCCUAAGGGGCCUCAAGUUCGUGAUCUCCAGAAAGGCGUUGAGAUUGUCAUUGCUACUCCUGGAAGAUUGAUUGAUAUGUUAGAAUCUCACUACACAAACCUGCGGAGAGUUACUUACCUUGUCCUUGACGAAGCAGAUAGGAUGCUUGAUAUGGGUUUCGAACCACAAAUGAAAAAAAUUAUUGCUCAGAUUCGCCCUGAUCGUCAAACCUUGUUAUGGAGUGCUACAUGGCCCAAGGAAGUUGAACAACUUGCUAGGAACUUGCUGUACAACCCAUACAAAGUGAUUAUCGGUUCAGAAGAUCUAAAAGCUAAUCGUUCUAUUCGCCAGCACGUUGAAAUUAUGUCUGAGAAUCAGAAGUACAACAAAUUGGUGAAGUUACUGGAGGAUAUCAUGGAUGGUAGCCGGAUUCUAAUAUUCAUGGAUACAAAGAAAGGAUGUGACCAGAUAACCAGGCAGCUCCGUAUGGACGGUUGGCCCGCACUUUCAAUUCAUGGCGACAAAAGUCAAGCAGAGCGAGAUUGGGUCCUGUCUGAAUUUAAAGCUGGAAAAAGCCCCAUAAUGACUGCAACCGAUGUUGCUGCUCGUGGUUUAGAUGUCAAGGACGUAAAAUUUGUGAUCAACUAUGACUUUCCCGGGUCCCUAGAGGAUUAUGUUCAUCGCAUUGGUAGAACAGGAAGAGCCGGUGCCAAAGGAACAUCAUAUACUUUCUUUACCGUUGCUAAUGCCAGAUUUGCAAAGGAACUUAUUGGCAUUCUUGAGGAAGCUGGACAGAAGGUCAGUUCUGAGCUUGCGGCUAUGGGUCGUGGGGCACCUCCUCCUCCAGGACGAGAUCGUGGGCGAAGUUAUGGUAGUGGUCGUAACUGGAGCUGAUGGAGGAAUGGAGGCAAGAGAAUUCAUCUAGCAUCUCAAUCUCUAGUGUGUUGUUAUCUUAAUAUUGCUGGUCUCGAUUUUCUGCCAAACCGUGUAAACUUUGCAAAAAGUUAGGAACUUGCACGAUGUUGUCGUUGUCUUGUCUCAUGGUCACAUUAGAAGAUAAUAGAUGGGAUUUCUCUGUAAUAUCAUAUAUUUUUUCCUUAGGAGGAAUGACAUUUAUGAUUAGUUUUUGAGACAAA